UGAAAGGGUGUUCAGCUUGAACCGUGUUGUUAGUCUUUCGGGUCGACGCGACGCGUGGAUUGUGAGCAGCCACGUCUUAAAGUCAGGUGCAUGGACUCUCGACCCGGGUGACCCCGACAGAUAGGUGACUUUUGAGCAAUAGUGAGCGUUGAGGAACAUGGCGGACGGCACGGCUCGCUCUGGAGCCUCCGCUCGUUUCGACCCCAGGCUGUCGCCAAAAACACACAGCGGCUAACGUCAACGUGCAACUUCCUCCUUUUAUUCUCUGCUCUCUCGCGGACCGGCCGGGUUUGCAACAGUUUACGGUCCAAGUUGAAGCAGCCGCAGUCCCGGAGAAGCCCUUCAGGGGACACCAGGACCUGAAGCAUCCCAGGCGCUGACUGCAAGACGGUUCACUCAGAAGAUGGACUAACACUCGGAGCUCUCGGGCAAACCCUCACCUCCCUCUCAUCACCCACCUGUUGGGUGGGGGGGCCGGCCCCGCAGGCGGGAAUGCUGGGCAGCAAGCGGUCGCACCAGCUGUGGCGCAUACUGUCGCCGCUCCGCACCCACCAGGAGCGAGUGUUGCUGACCCGCAGCGAGAGCCUGCCGGGGGAGCAGGUGCUGAAGCUCACGGUCACCGAGACGACGGUGAUCGAGGCGGAGGCCGGGGUGUGGAACUGGCGCUCCCUGUCCUACCUGGGCCUCUGGUACUUCUUCAGCUUCUGCACCCUGUUCCUCAACAAGUACAUCCUGUCGCUGCUGGAGGGGGAGCCCAGCAUGCUGGGGGCUAUUCAGAUGCUCUCCACCACCGUCAUAGGCUUCCUAAAGAUGUUUGUGCCCUGUUGCCUGUACCAGCACAAGUCCAGAACUGACUACCCCCCCAACUUCAUCAUGAUCAUGCUGUUUGUUGGGCUCAUACGGUUCUCUACGGUGGUUCUGGGCUUGGUGAGCCUGAAAAAUGUGGCGGUGUCCUUUGCGGAGACGGUGAAGAGUUCGGCACCCAUCUUCACUGUCAUCAUGUCCUGGCUGAUCCUCGGGGAGUACACAGGGCUGUGGGUGAACCUCUCCCUGUUCCCGGUCAUGGCGGGCCUAGCCCUUUGCACCGCCACAGAGAUCAGCUUCAACAUGCUCGGCUUCUCUGCCGCCCUCUCCACCAACAUCAUGGACUGUUUGCAGAACGUGUUCUCCAAAAAACUGCUCAGCGGAGACACAUACAAGUUCAGCCCUCCAGAGCUGCAGUUCUAUACCAGUGCAGCGGCAGUCAUCAUGCUCAUACCUGCCUGGAUGUUCCUUUUGGACAUCCCAGUGAUCGGGAAGAGCGGCCGGAGCUUCAUCUUCAAUCAGGACGUCAUCCUGUUGCUGCUCUUCGACGGCGGCCUGUUCCACCUGCAGAGCGUCACUGCCUACGCUCUCAUGGGCCGGAUUUCCCCUGUAACCUUCAGUGUGGCCAGCACCGUCAAACAUGCCUUGUCGGUUUGGCUGAGCGUCAUCGUGUUCAGCAACCAGAUCAGCAUCUUCAGCGCCAUCGGCACCUUACUCGUGUUCCUCGGGGUCUUUCUGUACAACAAGGCCAGGCAGAGCCAGAGGGCGACCUUGCAGGCCAAGGCUGCUGAGCAGAGCCACAAACUACUUCUACAGGACGAGAACCAAGCCCCCCAGUCCCACUGAGGACUCAGAUCUUCCGAAGGAAAUGCUUGCCUGAAAUGGGAUCAAGGGGUGAACAAACAUCUAUUUGCUUUCCUGUGGCUGUCCAAUGAGGUUGACUGGAUAUUGAUUUGUUCUUCACCGUGCACACAUUCCAGUCAAAGAGGACCCUCUUGCGUUUUCCCAGGAUGCAUUGGGUGUCAUUGUCCUGUCUUCGAGCUUAUGGUAGAGUUUGAGGACUGACUUUGACCCUAACCCGAUUCGUUCUUGCACAUACUUGACCCUUUGCUUCGUCUGAUAUGGGUCACUAAAAAAGGGGAGGGUAGCUCAGGGAGUCCUUCAUCCUUUUGAAGGGAGUGACUUCUGUAAGCCCCUUUUGUCUUAUACGUGCACUCAAGAGUGUGCCGGUUUAUCUCAUCUGUGGUUCUUUUGCUUUUGUGAAAAUCUGUAAAUCAUUGGCGCUUUAAGAUUUUAAAUACUGUGUCUGUCUUGACUGCAUCUGAAUUGAGAUGUAAAUAGGGCAUCGGCCCCAGACACCGGGAGGCCUUUUGGAGGCGCCUCCUUUCUUCUUUUUUUAAAACAAAGGUGUGGAACAUUUGAAAGCCACAUACUGCAUUCCAGGAAUGCUCAUCCUCCAAUCACUAAGUGUGACGGGUAAAUGUCGGGGUUUAUGUACUUACAUUUUUCUUUGUAAACUGACUCUUCCCCCAGUGCAUGCUGGGAUCGCAGCCUUCAAUCUGAAAGGGGCCUUAGAGAAUGAACGAAUGGAUUGGCACGGUGCUGUAGAUUACGCACUCAUAAUCUUUUAGAAAAAAACGCUUUAUUACAACUUGGGUAUUAUUUUUCGCGGCUCCGUCACGUCCAGCAGUCGGAACAAUCGAGCGGUUUUAAACAGACCAGCGAGUUAUUCACAUCAGUAGGCGAACUGUUGAAGGAGUUCUCAAGUUGUCUGUCGUAAGCAUCCAUUGGUCUACAAACAACUUCCUGGUUCAGUGCCCUACUGUACUUUUGGUUUUUCCUCCAAAAGUAGAGUCAACUGCAAAAACAUAGCCCUAACUUGUAAUAUACCAGUUUCCAUUCCAAAAAAAGCUUCCUGUCCCAUGGAUCAAACCACUAUUAAUUUAUCCCAACACGGUUGAGUGUAAAAGCUAUACCAUGAAAGUGUCAUCUCUGAGCCACCCUGUCGUCGGUGAUACUUUCAAACACAUAUCGGCUGCUCAUGAAUACGUCUGUGAUACUUUUGAAGCCAAUUGUUUUCCCUCAUUGACACUGUGCCAAAAAACGCUUGCAUUGUGUCAAUAAUCUAAUGUACAUAUGAAUUUUAUUCUGACCAUAGCGCUUCACUCACGCGAGUCUCCUACACCACAUGGUGUGUGAGUCCAGACAUAUACAUUUUCGUAACUAACUAAAUCCAUCAGGCGUCUGACGGGACACAUCUGUGUUAAUCAUUGUCUGAAGAUCAUUUUAGAGUUUUGCAGUUGUUGUGUUAUGUGCUCAUACUUCGGCAUCUGUUUUUGAACAUGAGCCUAUGGGUUGUCUUGAGUUGAACAUCUUCCUUUUUAGAUUAAACAUUAACAUUUUCAUUCUA